UCAUUCAUUUUCCUCGUCAGCAUGGCUUCUCUCCUCGCUGCCCUAUCAUUCCUAAUGACAGUAAUAUCUGCGCAGACCUUUAUACCACAGCGACCACCAGCGAUACCGUUGGCAGUAAGAUCACCCUACCUCAGCACCUGGCAGGCAGCAGGCAGUGAUGGCGGCAAUGGAGGAUACCUGGCAGGACAAUGGCCUACCUUCUGGGCCGGACAGAUCAAUGGGUGGUGUGGCUUGAUACGAGUGGACGGUCAGACAUACACAUGGAUGGGUAAGCCAGACAGUAUGCCGACGAUAGUCAAGCAGACGAGUAUGGAAUACACAUCAACCCGCAGCACUUUCAGCAUGGAUGUGGAUGGCAAGGUCGCCAUGAACAUAACGUUUCUUUCACCAGUGGACCCACAGGACAAGCAACGACAGAGCAUGCCAGUAUCGUACAUGUCCGUUAAUGUUCAAUCUUCAGAUGGCAACGCUCACGAUGUCUCCAUCUAUACCGAUAUUAGUGCCGAAUGGACGUCAGGUGAUCGCAACCAGGUUGCAGAGUGGAGCCGCGGAACGGCUCAAGGCGCAAGCGAUGCUGGCUCGGGUGCCCUCGCAUACCACAGGGUAUGGCGGCAGAACCAGCAGGAAUUCUCGGAGAACAGCGACCAAGCUGCUUGGGGCUACUGGUACUACGCAACCGAGAAUGACGAAGGCUUGACAUAUCAGUCUGGCACCGACACCGAUGUUCGCGGUACAUUCAUUCAGGAUGGUCAGUUGGCCAACAGCGAUGACAAGAACUUCAGAGCCAUCAACCAGAACUACCCUGUCUUCGGCUUUGCAAAGAAUCUGGGAUCAGUCUCAUCAAAUUCGAUCGAGACUCUCUUUACGAUCAAUCUGAUGCAAGAUUGCGCGGUGCAAUUCCAGACCACUACACUCGAGCAAGUGCCGAGCUUCUGGAAGGGAGCAUUUGGAGACGAACUCAGCGCAAUCACUACAUUCUACUUUGACUAUCAUAACGCUGCUCGGGUCAGUGCUGCGCUCGACGCUGACGUAGCAAACGAUGCUCGAGGUGUCGGCGGAAAUGACUACGUAUCAAUUGUAUCGCUUGCUGUUCGCCAAGCUUGGGGAGCAGUGCAAAUCGCUGGCACUGAGCAACGCCACUUCAUGUUCUUGAAGGAGAUCAGCUCGAACGGAAACUUCCAGACCGUUGACGUGGUCUUCCCCUUCCACCCCAUCCUGCUGUAUAUGAACGCCGACUGGAUGAAGAUGAUUCUGGACCCGCUGUUCAUCAACAUGGAGACUCCUGGCCUGUGGCCUCAAGACUAUGCCAUUCAUGAUAUCGGUGACCAUUACCCGAAUGCAACUGGCCACUCCGAUGGCCACGCGGCUCUGCAGCCACUCGAAGAAUGCGGAAACAUGCUCAUCAUGGCGUUAGCCUACGCUCAAAGGACUGGCAACACAGGGUAUCUCAACGAGCAUUGGGACAGUCUGGACAAGUGGGCCAAGUGGCUGAUCGACAACGAUGCUGUCAUUCCAUUCAACCAGAUAUCUACCGACGACUUCGCCGGCCCACUCGCCAACCAAACCAACCUCGCCCUCAAAGGCAUCAUCGGCCUCAAAGCCGCUGGGAUGAUGGCAAACAUGACCGGUCGUGCCGAAGCGGCAUCCCAAUACUCCAACCAAGCCACCGACUGGAUCCAACAAUGGGAAUCCCUCGCAGUCAACGCCAACGCCAACCCCCCACACACGGUCCUCAACUACGGCGCUCCCGACUCCUACUCCCUCCUCUACAACCUCUGGGCCGACGCGCUCCUCGGCACCGACCUCGUCCCUCAAAGCAUCUACACCAUGCAAUCCAACUUCUACCCCACCGUCAACAAGGCGUACGGCGUCGCCCUCGACACGCGCGACACGCGCUCGAAAAACGAUUGGGAACUGUUCUGUGCGGCCAUCGCGGAGAAGGAUACUCGGGAGAUGUUCAUUCGUGACACGGCGAAGUUUUUGAGGGAGACGACGACGGCCGGGCCGGCUACGGAUCGGUUUGAUGUUAUUUCGGGGGGUUAUGGCGGUGGGGAGUUUAGGGCGAGACCGGUUGUGGGGGGUUGGUUUGCUUUGCUUGCGUUGGGGAAGGUUGGGGUUCCGUGA